UCCAACAAAUUACAUCGUGACAUAAGGACGUUACAGUAUGAAAUUUAUCCCAUGCUUGAUGAUAGAGGAUAGAUCUUUGUAGUUGGACUAGACACAGAGUGCUGGCUUUGAGGACAGGUAACUUUCCUAAGGUCACACAACCUGUGUAGAACAAGGAGUCAAAUCCAGAUCUGCCUGACUCCAACUCCUACCCAAUGCAUCCACUCUUGCAAUUCUGUAGCUAUUACCUAGUAAUGGUGGAAAGGAAGGUGUUGAGGGUUGGGAAGUGGGUAGCCUUGUAAUUCUUUGAAAAGGCCUGAGUCACCAACUGCCAAUUUAAGGAAGAUGGCCAAAUUCUGGCAGAAUUUGUAUCUCUGCUUGUGCAAGUCUGUGUGUAUGUAUUUGUGAGACAGCGGGGUCAAAAUCUUCUAGGCUCUGAAGGUCACCAUUUGUGACAAAGUUAAUGAUGCAUGUGUUAAUUUAUCUGUAGAAAAUAUUAAGACCUCUGUAUCCGCUCAAGCAAAAUGCAAUACCAAUAAAAAUGGAAGAGAUGUUUCAGAGGAAGUAAUUAAACAUGAACUAUAAUCUGUACAAAACUACGGUGUGUUCUGUUCAUCUAGUUACUAGUCUCAGGGGAACAAUUUAAAACUGUAUCUGUGUGCAGAAUUAGUUGGGAUUUCCAUAGCUGCUCACUGAAUACUGGCAGGAUUUACUCAGUUGGCAGUGAAUUGUCUUCCUCAUGUUUUGAAAUCCAAGUUUAAACACAUAGUAUACCUUGCCUAUCGGCUACAGGUGGAAGCUUAUUGUAAGUAUACCAAAUUCCGUUAUACUUUAUAAAGGGACCCGUUAUUAUUUUCCUAUCCCUGAAGACUGGAGGUGUGAACUGUUAUAGCUUUGUUACGGGAGAUGUAGCUUAUUAAAUUUGCCUUUUUAAAAUAUUCGAAGAAAGGCCUGUUUUCUCUUUCUCUCAAUUAUACCAUGGAUUGAAGUCCAGACUUUUAUUUGCACCUAGGAGACAGCACAAAGUGGUGUUGUCUAAGUGUUACCGCACGUUAUAGCAGCAGUGGUUUUUCUGGGCCACAAGCUGUGAUGAGGACCUUAAUUUAUGUCUUCUCUCAGGUCUGUUCACAACCCAUCCCCUACUCUUCCAUGAAGGCCCCACUAAGACCCCAUUUAACAACUUCUCAUUGCUUUUUCUUCUAAUACCACAACAAACUAAUGAUGAGACCUAGGUAACACGAAAAUUGGGCCCCAAAGUGCCGUCAUUAGACAGACCUUUGGCGGUGGGGAGCCACGGUCAGCGAGCCAGACCCCGCGGACGACUCUCCAUCCUCUCCGGCCUGGGGUGUGCGGACGGGGGUCGGGGGAGCUUUUCUCCCUUCAGUUUCGGCGCCGGUGAGGGGACUGCGGCCGCAAGCGCAGGCCUAGCCUAGGGCGGCGCCCGGACCUUGGGGCAUAGGGCCGGCAGCCGCUUGCAGAGGCCAUUAUUUCCAGCAGAGCCAAGAGUCAGCGCCUUCUUGGGUCGGCAGAGGUCCGGGGUCGUGCACCGCCUCCCGGUUACGAGAUCUGUACUAGGCCCGGGGCUUGGGACUCUCGGAGCUCGCUCCGGACGGCAUGGGCCCAUCUUCCAGCUCCCGGACAGGCAAAAGCGGUCCACGACGUCCUCGCCCGCAGUUCGCCCCCGCCCGGGCGGUGCCAGACCUCGCCCUUCUCCACCGCUCCCCUCCCCCUCCUGAGCCCGCCGCGGCUCCUGAGGUGACACGGCUCGGACCCUCCAUUCUCUACCCGAGUGUAUUUAACUAGCACAACCUAACCGAAGUUUCCUCUCGGUGACAACCCUUCCUCCGACAGACGCGCCCAGCAGCCAACCACCGGCCAGAAUUGGCCAGCAACCCUCUCCCCUCACGGCGGCGGCCUUGGUGGGCGGGGCUCGAGCAGCUAGCAAGUUAAGUGGAGCCACGGCUGACGUGAGUCAACAAAGGUCACGUGAGGACAGUGGGCUGCGCCGAUUGGUGGCGCCGGGCGGGCGGGGAAGGGGGGUCACGGCGGCGGCGUGGGGUUCGCUGUGUGACACAAUUACAACAACUUUGUGCUGGUGCCGGGGAAGUUUGUGUCUCCAACGAAUCCCCUCUGUGCUCCCCAGCUCCGCGCGCUCCAGCUCUUCCCGCCGUCCCUGCCCGCGGCUGCCCCCCGCCCGCCCCCGCGAUGUGACCCUACAGCCGAGCACCACAGCUGCCGACCCGGGGGCUCCACAGCCCCUGCCCUCGCCGCCUUCACCGCCGCCGCGUUGGGAUUUUUCGUUGCCGUCGCCCGCGGCGGAGGAGGAGGUGGCGAUAAAGUUGGUGUGCCGGUCCCGCGCAGAGAUUGGGGGCGUCGUUGCGGGUCCCGGUCGGGGGGGGGGUGUCGGCGUUGGAGUUGUGAAUUCGCUGCGUUUCCAUGAAAUCCUGCGGAGUGUCGCUCGCUACCGCCGCCGCUGCCGCCGCCGCUUUCGGUGAUGAGGAAAAGAAAAUGGCGGCGGGAA